AUGGAGGAUGUUAUCAAUAGCUCUGUCUUUCAUGUUAACAAAUAUGCUUCAUAUGAAAAGAAUCCUCCGGAACUCAGUGAAUCUGGUAAAUUAGCAAAGAAAUCAUUUUGGUCGGAGAAAAUGAAACUAAUCCGCUGUGUAGCAGCGCCAAUGGUCGAUCAGAGUGAGCUUGCGUUCCGAAUGAUGUUACGAAAACAUGGUGCUCAUCUUUGCUUUUCACCUAUGAUACAUGCGCAUUUGUUUGUUACGGAUUUUACUUAUCGUCGAACGGUGUUAACAUCAUGUCCUGAAGACCGACCAUUGGUUGUACAGUUCUGUGCUAAUGAUCCAUUUACAUUGUUGGCUGCGUGUCAGCUAGUUGAAAGUUUUUGUGAUGGAGUAGACUUAAAUUUGGGAUGUCCUCAACUUAUUGCCAAACGCGGACAUUAUGGCGCUUACUUGCAGGAGAAUUUAAACUUAAUUUGUGAGAUGGUCUCGCUUUUGCAUUCACGAUUUCGACUACCUUUAUCUUGUAAAAUACGGAUCCUUGAAGAUGUUAGUGAAACCAUUGCCUAUGCUAAGGCUAUAGUGAGUGCAGGUGCUUGCAUGCUAACUGUACACGGAAGAACUCGAGAACAACGAGGUGCAAACACAGGCUUAGCAGAUUGGUCUGCAAUGCGCGCCGUAGUAAAAGCUGUUGAUGUUCCAGUUGUUGCUAAUGGGAAUAUUCAGUUACCGGGUGAUGUUGAUCGUUGCCUGGAAAUAACUGGUGCCUGUGCAGUAAUGAGUGCAGAGGGCAUCCUUUCAAACCCUUAUUUGUUUGAAAAUCGGCACGAAGUGAAUUGGACAGUGGCUCGAGAAUAUUUGGAUUUUGCUGUAAAGUAUGCAUCGAAUAUUAGUACUGUAAGAGCGCAUCUUUUCCGUAUAUGCCAUCACAGUCUAUUAGAAUACGCAGAUUUACGAAGACAAUUGUCGUGCGUUUGUGAUUUCGAAGAGUUUUAUCAUAUUUUGGAUGAUCUGGAAAAGCGUGUUACUGAAUCAGUUUCUAAUGAAGGACUCCAUUUUGCAGAAGUAAAAGCAUUAGCUUUGGUUAACACGCCUUCAAAAAUGCCACAUUGGAUUUGUAAACCGUACUAUCGUCCUGUACGUGAUGACUCGACAGUCUCUGAUUCAGUAUACCGCGAAAAACGGCGAGCAGAACUUGACGCUUUAGCUCAAAUAACGGGUCUCUCAAAAAGGCAACUACGUAAACGAGAAAAAAGGAAAAUUGAAUAUUAUAAAGGAAAAUGCAAAAAGCAAGCUUAUUUGGAGUGCACUCGUUGUUCUUUACCAGCAAGUGAGGGAUGUACAUUCAUUUACUGUAGGAACUGCUGUCGUUUCAGAGCAGCAUUGGAACGGCAAGACUGUGAAGGUUUUGUUUAA